CAAACCCUCCUGGACGUGACUACUUGCCACCGAUUACAUGUUUCAAAUUUUACUGAGUGUGUCAUGGAAGAGGUUGAUACCUUUUAAUGGCAAGGCGAGAGUCCAAAUCCGAAAUCUUUUCGAGUGCUUUCAGUUGAUGAACGUAACAUCCACAUAGUGACAACCGGGCGCUUCUCAGCAUAGCCUGCCAAAACACUUCAAAUAACCAUAAUAUCAAAUGUGAGAGAUGCAGGCCAUGUGACUCCAUGAUGGGCUUCGCCUCCUGUUCAUCACACAUCACAGCCUGAGUAAAUAUAUGGUAUAUAACAUAGUCCACCUUCCUCGAUGCGACUAACCAGAGAGUGCUCUGUUUUCUCGGUACUAGCAGGUCCAUCCGUGAUUUGCCAUGUCCCCACAAACAGUGUCGGCGUACUCUGCCUCUACGGGAUUAGCUCUGACAUCUUUCACCCUUAUAGUGUACGACCAUGCUAUCACGUUAGAUCAAGAGAUAACUUUCUUCUGGUCUGGUUCAUGGUCAGCGUCAAGAGCACUAUAUCUCAGCAUCCGAUACUUGGCUCUGAUACAAGCUUGCCUCACUCUGUAUGGAAUAGCAGGACCGGUCAACACUUUCAGUCCUGCGCUUUCCAGAAAACAAACGUGUUACUCAUUGCGGGCUACGUUAUUUCAUUCAUGGUCUUGAUACUCUGUCAAUGUGUCGUGACAUUGCGAGUGUGGCAUCUAUUCUUCCGGAGUUGCCUCAUUAGAUGGCUGGCGGUCGCUGUUUUCGUCAUUUGCGCGGCAGGAACUGUAAUAGUUGGCAGCGUCGAGUUUAAUCCCAUCAAGACUGCCCUGCAUAUAACGUUGACCGCUGAGAUCCCGACGCAGAGCCCUCCAUUUGUGUUUGCCAUGUACCUGCCAUCCCUGGUCGUCCAUACGGCCAUGCUCUUACUGACAAUAUAUCGCUUUCGCGUCAGCCCAAAAGUGUUGCACCAACGUGGCAUUAUACACCGAUUCGUAAAAGAAGGGAUAUUGAUGUAUACGUUUGCGGCCGGAUCACUGCUGUACGAAAUUAUCGGUCUUUCCAUGACUAAACCGGACGAAAUAUCUGUAUACUAUCCAGCUUUGAGGGAAGGAAUAGCAGUAGCAACUACAGCCGUCUCCGUCUGUCGUGCAAUGCUAAGCGUCAGGUCAUUGGCUGCAACUUAUCAUGUCGAUCCGGCAUGGUUGCUCAACUAUGCAGAACUGAGUCGUGUUCAAUGGAGGAGAGGAGCUAAUGAAGGUGAAAUUUUUGUCGAAGCGAGUGACAUGGACGCGGUUUACCCUUUCAAAUUGCUGGGGAUGUCUGCCGGGAGAACAGCAGGCGAAGGAGUUGUGUAAAAAGUAAUUUAAUGUGUAUGUUUUGAACAUGAUCCCCUGAUAUAAUACAUUCUUGUUGAAAUAGAACUGGUUGUUCCAAGCUGUGGGUGGCACUGGAGCACUAUGUAGGAGGUAUAGAAGGUCAUUGUAGUUUACUAAUGUACCAUCAUUGCAAGGCGAGCUCUUGAUCUGAUGCUACCAAAGCCACCGGUCUCGCAAAUGUGCGUGGCGAAUGAC